AUGGGACAAGCUCCUGAACCUGACUUCAACUCCUCCCUCUGGCUCCGCCCCUCCCUUAACACCUCCUGUCAGCCUCCAAUCAGUGCGGCCUGUCCCUACACCACGGCUCAACUGGUCCUCAUCGCCACAGUAACCACCUCCGUCAGCAUCGUCACCGUCCUGGGCAACACGCUGGUGAUCCUGUCCAUCAAAGUGAACCGUCACCUGCGGACCGUCAAUAACUACUUCCUGUUGAGUCUGGCGGUGGCUGACCUAAUCAUUGGACUGUUCUCCAUGAACCUGUACACACUGUACCUGCUGCGGGGCCGCUGGACCCUGGGGGCUGCCGUCUGCGACAUGUGGCUGGUUGUAGACUAUGUGGUGAGCAGCGCCUCCGUCAUGAACCUGCUGAUCAUCAGCUUGGAUCGGUACUUCUGCAUGACGCAGCCGCUCAGCUACCCGGCGCAGCGGACGAGCACAGUGGCCAGUCUGAUGAUCGCCGCUGCCUGGCUGCUGUCCUUCGUCCUGUGGGCCCCUGCCAUCCUCUGCUGGCAGACAGACAGAGGCAAACGUGUCAUCCCUGAUGGGAAGUGUUACAUUCAGCUCCUCGCCAACCCCGCUGUCACUUUGGGGACGACGCUUCCUUCUUUUUACCUGCCGGCACUCGUCAUGGUUGGCCUGUACAGCCGCUUAUCUGCCGCCAGUCGCAGUCGACUGAGCACGCUCCAGACAGAGCAGGGCACACUCAGGACAUCUAGUCCAUCCAUUAAAGACUUCAUGUUGAAACGACGGAGCUGGGUGGCCAGUGACCCGGGCUCAGACCUGUCUCUGUACCAAUCAGAGUCCAGCACUCCGAAGCUCAGGAGGAAACGUAAAGUGUCCAAAUGUCUUGGUGACACAUCAGAUCGUCAGCAGUGUCACCCUCGGACCACCGUCUGCCACGCUGGGGACGAAGACCUCAACAAAAACGAAAAUGGCUCCUCGUCCAACGUUGACCUCCACAGGGUCGCCUCUGCAGUCUUCUCCUCCUGUCCGAGCUUCAAGUCUCAGGAGAGACGGAGACGUCGAGUGAUGGCAAGGGAGAGGAGGGUCACCAAAACCAUCCUGGCCAUCCUACUGGCCUUCAUCUUCACUUGGACGCCGUACAACAUCAUGGCGGUAGUAGCCGCUUUCUGUCACGUGUGCAUCCCGGAGGUCCUGUGGACCACAGGUUACUGGCUCUGUUACAUCAACAGCGCCAUCAACCCUGGCUGCUACGCUCUGUGCAAUGUCACCUUCAGAAAGACCUUCUGCAACCUCCUGCGCUGCCGCAGCAGGACACAGCGAUGA